CCAACCGCUAAUAAACCGGAAAGAAGAAGAAGUCUGAAGCGAAAUGAUUUUCACAUAAAAAAAAAAUUAAAUAACUGUGUAAUGUAUCACAGCCAGGAGUCGUACACAAAGAGGGACAUGCCUUUGUUUUUGGUUCGAUUUGUAUGACCUGUCAAAGAUGGAUGAAGUGAUGGAUUCCCAAAAGAGUUUGACCGCUGAGGUCGAGCCAGCAGAUGCAAUGAAAGUUGCUCCACUGUCAAGCCCAACAGAUGGAAAAGACGAACGCUUUUGUGAGUCACAAAAGUCCGACACAGCAAAAGUGUGUCGUGCGCCGACGGAGCACGCGCACGAUGAUGUAGCUUCUCAGAAUUCAAUGGACUGUGAGUCUGCACUCGCCGAAUCUCCUCUCGCAGGCGGCGGAAGUAGCGCAGCUCAAACACACUGUUCUAAUGGACAGAAAUCUAAGAGGCCCUCUUCACCAGGUCCCCACCCCGUUAAAACAACCUGUGUUGACGCACAAUCCCCAAAUCCAAAACUCACCCUGUGUUUAAGCAGUCCCAGGAAGCCUGCGGGUACAUCCAGUGAUGUGGAGAUGCUGAGCCCGGAGAGUCCGGUCGGUAAACCCAUGCUCAUUAACAACUCAGCUGAGAAGGAUUAUGACGUCGAUGCUAGUGUUGCGGCUCAGGUAAUGAAAUCUCAGCAGACUGUCAGAGACUCUGACUCUGGAAAUCCGGACAAAGUAUCAGUCCAACCUGUUGCCAUGGGAACUCAGGAUGCUGAGAAAGCAGAGUGCAGUGGCUCAUCUAAUAAGAGCCAAGAUGUAAUUGAAAGCCAGUCGGGCGCAAGUUUCCAAAGCCUUUCAUUCGCAUUGCAUAACAUGGACAAAGGUUGGUUGGGGACGCCCAUAGAUGAGUUGAACAGAAUACCCCAGUGUGCCCCUCCGCUGUCUCACCUGAAAGUUGUGCCUAAUCACACUGUCACAAUCAGGACAGAUCUCCUCAGAGAGGGAGAGGUCCCUGUCCCAUACCCCACCAAGUUCAAAGACGCAUGGGACGAUGUGUCAGUGAAAAUGCCCUGCUCUGAGAAGAAUCUGUUUCCUAUGGAGACUGAGGAUGGAGGUGGUGUCCAAAGUCGGUGGGAGCUGAUCCGCACUGCCUUGCGAGGAGGGUUCAAGAGUUCUCUGGAUGUGAGGGAUGCAAUAUUGAGAUAUAACACGGCCCAUGCAAAGAAAUGGGACUUCACUGCCCUGAACCUUCUUUGUACUGAGUAUCUUGAGGGUUGUGAGGUACAAUACCUGUUUGAUGAAAUACUACCUGCCAUGGUUGACCUGGUAGUCCACACUCCUCGCCUCUGCACAAUGCCGAUUCCUCUACUGAAGUCGAGGAUGAACCAUUCCCUUACUAUGUCUCAGGAGCAAAUAGCGUGUCUUCUGGCCAACGCCUUCUUCUGCACAUUCCCCCGACGCAACUCCCGCAAGUCAGAAUACUGCAAUUACCCCGAGAUCAACUUCUACAGGUUGUUUGAAGGUCCUUCACCGAGAAAAAUUGAGAAAUUGAAAACGCUGCUGUGCUACUUCAGGAGAAUUACACAGACGAGGCCCAAGGGUCUUGUUACAUUCACAAGGCAAGCACUUAACAAUCCUCCAAACUGGGAAAGCUCUCAGACUCAGCUGACGCGUCUACAUAUCACUUGUAAAGGGACAAUUGAGGACGAUGGAUACGGGAUGCUGCAGGUGGACUUUGCAAACCGGUUCGUAGGCGGUGGAGUCACAGGCCAUGGACUGGUCCAGGAAGAAAUCAGGUUCCUCAUCAACCCCGAACUCAUUGUCUCUCGCCUCUUUACUGAAGCUCUUGAAUACAAUGAAUGCCUCAUCAUCACAGGAACUGAGCAGUACAGUAAAUAUUCAGGCUAUGCCGAGAGUUACAAAUGGAAGGAGAGCUACAAAGACGAGACCCCCAGAGACGACUGGCAGAGAAGAUGUACAGAGAUCGUGGCCAUGGAUGCUCUUAAAUACAGGCACUUCCUUGAGCAGUUUUUCCCUGAGAAGAUGACCAGAGAGCUCAACAAGGCGUACUGCGGAUUCUAUCGAAAUAACGCCAACAGCAGGCACCUCUCUGCGGUAGCCACCGGCAACUGGGGCUGCGGAGCUUUUGGUGGAGACACGCGGCUCAAAGCGCUGCUUCAGUUCAUGGCGGCGGCCGAGGCUGGGAGAGACGUGGCGUACUUCACGUUCGGAGAUGCUCAGCUCAUGAGGGAUGUUCACGAAAUGCACACUUUUCUCACAGAGAGAAAAGUCACUGUCGGGAAGCUGUACAGCCUUUUGAACCAGUACUUCAACGUGGUGUGUAAGAACUGCCACACCGCUCGACCCGACGUCCGCCUCUACAGUUUCAUCUACGAGGGAGUGUCUUCCGCCACGACCGCCGACACCUCCGACUCUAAGGAAUCUGGGAUGAUGUCUCUGACGUUGGACUCUCAUUAACGGGGAGAACUGUAACUUAACCUCCUUUCCUCUGUCUCUAAAAGAGACUCCAGGUUCAGAAACGUCAGUGCUCUCUCAGUCUUGUUCUUACAAUCACUUUUUUUCCUCACACACGGUCCCUUUAAGUUUGUGGUCCCAACACACAAACUACCAAAACACAGUUUUGCCUUUCUCGCUGGUGGUAUUAUAGGAGGCUCAUAGUGCGUCACCAGAUGUGGUGAAAUGUUUCAGAUACUUAUAGCAAUAGUAAAUCCUGGUUGCUGUUAGGCCUUUCUUUAUAGUAAAUAUAAUGUGGAAUAGUUGGGGUUUUUUUUUGUUUUGUUUUGUUUUUUUAAAUCACUAAUUUCAAAUAUGGCCAAAUAUUCAUCAUAUGCAUGGUUGUGGGCACUUUUCACUUCACUAUCGAUAAUCGAGGGCACGAUAAUCCUCCCUGGUUAUCUUAUGUCAUACUGUGUUUUCCUUCUUCUUUGGAUGAGUUGUCUUCUCUAUUCACCGUUCCCAGGCUGUGGUGAGGAUCCUGAGUGUGGAGAGAUGAUGAGACGCCAUAACUGUAGUCUAUGCAUGGGUAACAUUUAUUUAUCAAAUAAUCUACACAUAUAUGCUGCUCUUUUAUAUCCUCUAUGAUGUUGAAGUUCAACAUGCAUAUUUGUCCUUAAAACCUUAAAACUAUUCAAUAUAGGUCAAAUCCCAAAAUUUCAUCAAACAGUUUCAUCACUUCUAAGGUAUCCAUUGUUAGAGUAUUAAUACUGUACAAAUAAAAGGGGGGCAGCGGAUGAAGAAAGAAUUGCACGAAAAAAAAGUAUUUUUGUUAAUGUUUUUAAUCAGCAUUUAUUUUGGGGAUGCAGUUAUGUUUUUUAUCGUUUACUGUGAUUUCUGUUUGAUAGAGUGGGGUCUAUUUAACGAUGGGUUGAAUAGAUGAAUAGAUUAAAAGCUCUAAAUGUACUGCAUAGUACUGUACUGUAGGUUUUUACGUUGUACUAUUUUAUUAUCAUUUCAUAAUUAAAGUAAAUCCUGUUGAAA